GGACAACUUCCCAGAACGCGUCCACGGCUCCGCUAUAUAUACGCACCAUUGUACUCCCGUCAGACCGUCCGCAAAGCCGACUGAGUGUGUUUUGUACCCCGUGUGCAAACGGAACGGAAGACGUCCAAACGGCUUCUUAACCAUGGCUAGAAGAGCGUGCAUCCCAUGGGCCUGGCUCGCGGUGUGGACGGUGGUCUGUUGCGGUGUCCUGGUGUCCUCGCAGACCUCUUACUCCGUGAGCAGCUACCACUCGGAGCACUUUGGUCCGGACGGCAUCAUCAUGGGCCGGUCCGGCUACAAGGACUCGACGGGGAACAGCCGCUUCACCAAGUACCACAUCGGAAAGGACGGCAAGAGGCGACUCAUUGCCGACGACUCGGAGGGAGACAUCGAGAGUCGCAGCCUGCUGCCGGACCCCAGCAAGUUGGCCCUUCCGGGUAUUCCCGGCUUCGACAGUUUCAGCAAUCCCGAAGCCUUCUUCAGGCAACUGGGACUGCCAAGUAUCUCGUCGCUGCACAAGCAGCAGCUCACGGGCAACUCCCGAAGGUACCGGUGAACGCAGUCCCCACCGGAACCGCUUGGGCACCUACUUCCGGCGCCCUGCAUGGAGUCGACCCUCGCAAACGCAAACAGACAGUGCCGCCAACCUGAAACCGCCUAGAGAAGCAACCUGCGAACAUCUCACGAAACAAGUCGGGGUCGCAUGAAAGACGGACGAACUCAUCUGGACGCUGCAAUCGCUUUUUCAUUUGCUCAUUCUUCUUAAUUCGUCUGUCGGGAAGAGCUUGUCGAGCGAAGGUGGUGGUGGCGGUUAAUUUGUAUUCUCUCGAAGAAACAUCGAUUGCACAAAAAAAUAGGAAAAAGAAAAAGGAUCAUUCUUUAUUUCACGUGAAAUCUUGUCUUUUUUUUAUGUUGCAAUAAACGUGUGCACGCCGAGCCGGCGGCGUAAAUGCCACCACGUCUAGUACCUUGCUUGGGGUAAUGCACA